UCGCAAUCAAUUGACCUCAAUAAUUAAUUAAGAUGAAGUCGAAUCGUUGUAAUUAAUAUAAUCAAUAAGAAGCACUUUAAUCAUUGAAAGUUAAACUUUAAUUAAAACAAAUUCCAGUUCCUUUCAAGUGUUUAACUUUGACGAUGAAAGAAAACAGAAAUUAAUAUUUAAUUACCAAUCAGAGAUUAAUUGUCUUCCCCAAUUAAGCUCAAUAUUACGCGAACAUCAACUAAUUUUCACAAAUGAAAGGAACAAUUAACUAAUUGUCUGGAUUCGGAAACCUGUUAAUGAAUAAACAGACAACAAGAAGAUAGCGAAAUGAUGAUGAAGAUUAAGAUGAUGACGACGCAACAAAAAUGAGUCUGAUUUAAGGUUAAUUAUUGUUAACAAUCAACGAAAUUAUGAAACGAUACAAUGAAAGACCAUCACAAUUAAUGGAAAGUGAAUUGACCAGUAAUUCAAAUGGUAAAAACAAAAUUGAUUUUGAUGAAUUUGAUGUCGAAAAAUAUUUCCUGUAUUGGACAAUCUUACCUGGUUUCACAAUUAAACGAUCGUCAUUGUCACUUAAUUUACUAAUUGUUCUCGGAUCAAUAUUAAUUCAGUGUUUUGCUUUUGUCAAAUAUCUCAUUCUGUUGAUUGUUGGUUCAGAUGAAUUCUGGAUCUAUUGGCUUGGUGAUAUAACGUUUAACUUUGGAUACGCUAAAGAUUAUUGUGAUUUAUGCUUCAUGAUCUGGGCCGCGUCCACAAUUUCAGCACAAUUAAUAUUCAUUAACUCUUAUUUGAACAACAAUUUAUCCUGGUUGAAGAUAUUUCGUCUCAUUGGUCAACGUCCACCACGAAAAUUUGUAUCUAACUUUGAAAGGUCCGUUUUCUUGUCCAUCUAUCCAAAGGUUGUGAUCAUUUGUAAGAUUGGCAUCUACCUUUUAAUCACAACAGCCACGGGAAUAGUUUUAUCUUCAUUGAUUUACCUUCAAAAAGGGUUAAUCUACUUGAUCACAAUUGGAUUCGUUUAUGGACUAAUCAGUUUGGCAAAUUGUUACAUUACGACAGUUUUUGUUGGUCUGGUUUCAUUCAUAUUCAGUCUCGUUUGCCACCAAUACAAACUUUGGGUCAAAUUAAUGGACGAUUAUGUUCACAAUUAUCUAAUUAAACGACUGGACCGAUCGUUACCUCGUUCGUCUCACCUUAAAUUGUAUCGAUUCAUUAUCAAGGAAUAUGGAUUUUUCCAUAACGAUUUACUUCAUGCAACCAAAUUCUGGAAUCGGACGAUAUCGGGACUUUUCCUUGGUUGUUCAGCUUCGUCAGUUCUGGUCAUCUACGAGUAUUUUUUUGUCGAUCUCGAUUUGGUAACUACAAUUGCGAUCACAAUAUUUGGUUUGUGUACUUUUAUUAAUGGCUGUUUAAUCAACGUUCUAGCUCCAGCUAAUUUACUCCACAACUUUCAAAGGCUAAUUUAUCCGUUCCAUAAAUUGUUGACACUCGAUUUACCUCCUGGAAUUAAAUUGGGACUAAUUGUUGUACUCGACGACAUCAAAGCCAAUCAAUGUUUCACUUGUUACCGAAUGUUUCAAUAUAAUUACUCGUUGAUUCUUUGGUUACUUCUCGAACUUUCAACUUUCCUGUUAUUAUUGAUAUCAAGUAAAAAUGGACUAGCUAAUAGUGUCACCUAAAGACAAUCAGUUAAUCAUUAACUGUUACAAGGAUGAAAUUUGCUCCAAAAUAAGAACAAUUAAUUACGAAGCUCAAUAUUUGAUGUUUAAUUGUAGCUUUUCAUGGGAAAUUCUAGACAAUUAAGAUAAAAGUCCAAUAGUUUUGGUACACAAAAUAUACUAAUUAACGAAAACCUCAUGAGACUGAUUGAUUACAAUUAAUCAUAAUCAGUUACCAUUAACUUUACAUCCACCUCACGAUCCAAAUUCCCGAAAGUAUCAAAUGUAUCAUUAAUAUUUAACGAGAGUUUAAAUUAAAUCAUCUCUUUAUCAGUUAGAAAUA